AUGUUCUCGAGGGCGCCUCUGCUUCUGGCGCUCAUUGUGCUGGGGCCUCACGUCUACAGAUGUGGCUUUGUGGACAUCGGUAAGAACACGAGCUUCUUCCGCAUGUGUGUGGAGUUUGCCAAGUUUCAGUUCAACCAAGCCCAGCCAGAUGAGUAUGCCUACAAGCUGCUGUGGGUGGGGCGAAGCCAGCGCAAGCAUCUUACUUGGAUUUAUCUAAUGGACUUGCAGAUGGGCCGCACGAUCUGUAAGAAACACGAUGAAGACAUUGACAACUGCCCCUUGCAAGAAGGCCCAGGAGAGAAACAGGUGGGCUGCACUUUCAUUGUGGAUGCUCGACCCUGGUUUUCCCAGUUCACUCUCCUGAACAGCACCUGUGUGUAGGAAAGGCAGGCAAGGAGCCCCUGGCUUCUCAAGGCAGAAGUUCCUUUUCUGCUGGAGGGUGACAGUCAAAGGUCUGUGCAGCGGCAGGGGGAAUAAAGGCA